AUGGGUUGGCCGUUUGGAAGAUAUAAUAUAAUUAGUAACCUUUACAACAGAUACAAUGAUGCUCCAUGCAUGAAUACUUAUGCUACUAUUAAAAGUGACAUUAUACAAAAAAUUGAAGAUUUUGAAAAAGCUACUCAUGACAAUUUUUACGAACAAUGGGAUCAAUUAAAUAAACAUAUAAUACAAAAAGAUAAAGAAUUAAGUGCAUGUUAUAAAAAACGAUAUGUAAAUUCUAAAUUAAAUGAUGAUGAAACAAUAAAGAAUUUUAAAAAAAAAUGUAAUGCGAAGCGUGAAUGUAAUAAUGGCAAAUCUCCUGCUAAAAAAACUCCAAUAAUUAAACCUACUACACAAAGAAAUUGUAAAGGAAGUAUGGGUUGUAAAAGUGAAACAACAGAAAGAGUAGAUUUUAAAUCACAAUCAAAAUUUGUCCCAGGACCUACUGAUCCCAAAAGUUUGGAAAUAAAAAAUCCCAAAGAUCAAGAUCAAAAUCAAGCUGAUGUACAAAAAGCAGGGCAAGAAAGCGUAGUUCCACAACCUCAAACUAUAACAAUGCCUUCUGGUAGUUCUGAUGGAACUCAUGAUAAGGCCUCUCAAAAAAUAGUUAUUCAUCAUUCUACCACCCCGGGAACGGUAGAAACUCAGGAACAACAGUUAAAUGCUUCGGUCUCUUCCGGAAUUAGAGGACUGGAUAGCUCUCUAAGCGAUCCUUCUUCAGAAUGUGUGUCUGGAAAAACUUCUGAUUCAACUUGUACUUCAAUGGGAAAAAAUUUAGGUACAAUAUAUAUUCAAACUAAUGAACAUAGUGGUAAAACAUUAGACGCUAAUAAUCCUGAAACUCAGGAUUCUGCUGGUAAUGUCCUUGCGGAGCAAACUAGUGAUGAUAAGUAUAUUACUAGUAAAAUAGCUCAUAAUUUAUCUUUUCCUGAAGGCACUCCUGGUUUUGUACAACUUGCUGAUGAAGAUUCUCCUCCUACAAUUACUGAUAGAGGAAGCACUGGUGCAGUUGCUUCAGAUCCUGAAAGUACCGGUACCGAAAAAGUUGUUAGUGAAUCUCUCUCCAGUGCUCCUAGUGAUGCACGUAAUAAUGGUAUAACUGAUGUUGAUAUGUCCAAUGAUUUUAAAGCUGCUGAUAGCGAAAUUAAAAGUGUUAAAGUUUCUCAUGUCCUCACACAUGGUAGUGAAGGUUUAUGUACUGAAGGUACAUGUAAUGAAGCACAAAAUACUGAAAUAACUUCUAAUAAUAAUAAUGAUAUAUUAGGUACACUUAGUCGUGUAUUCAACGUAAUAGAAGAAAAUAAGGAUAAUAUGAUAAAGGCUUCAGCACCCAUGGGAAUUGUUCUGUUAUUGGGCCUUCUUUUUAAAUUCACACCUUUGUGGAGGGUUCUUACUAAAAAGAAUAGAAAGAACGAAGCAGUUAUCAAUGAAGAAUUGAAUAGCGUACUACAAGAACCUUCAAUUAUGGAUGACGAAAGAAGUAUCCCAUUUUCAUAUGGUGCUUUUGAAUAUUCAACGUUUGAUCAAAAUUCAUAUUAAAAAAUUGAUCAUUCAUAUAUAUAAUCAAACAUGAAAUAAGAACUAAUCUUUUUUGGUAGUUUAUUUUUAAUUAGAUUUUUUGUCAAAUUAGCAUAAAAAUAUAUGCGUCAUAUUAUUAAAAAUACAUAGUUUCAAAAAAUUUUAUGAAAAAUACCGUAUUCAUUAUCGUAAUUAAAAUACAGCCAUAUAAAACAGUAUAUUUUCUUGUAAAUUUUUAAAUCUUACAUAUUUUCUGAAAUUUUAUAUGCUGAAUUAUUUUUAUUUAGUACAUAUAUACAUAUUGUAAUUCAAUUGAUUGUAUACUAUUAUAUGUCUUAUUCAAUAUGUUUCUUACAUAAAUCAAAAAUUAAAACAGAAUUAACCUUUUUUUGUGUUUAUAUAAAGUUUCAUCUUUUUUUUUAAUUGGAACUAAAUUAAAAUAUGUUAAAGCAUUGUAAAUGUUU